AUGAAAUCUAUUAACGGCUAGGAUACUGGUCUAUAGCAAAAGAAAUAAAACAUAACCAAUCGUCUAAAAUAAAAUGGAAACACAUCCUCUAUAAAUUUAGCCACUGGGGAUUAAGUAAUGAGUAGAGCAUCCCUACCUAACAGCCCUCCUAAAGAAAAAAUAAUAUCUUAGCAAUAAUACCAUAUUAGAUCUUAAAAGAAAGUAAAAAAUGAAAAUCUUAGAGAAGACUCUGUUAAAUAGCUUCAAUACGAUGAAAAUGAUUAGUUGUGCAAAGAGAUUAAAAAGGUUAAUUUAAAUAUAAUGCCAUUCACAAGUAAAGUAUCUAACAACAUUAAUGUCUCUGCCAAUUCCUUAACAAGCAGCAAUAAUAGUAGCUCAUUCAAUUUAUGCUAGCAAUAAUCCAAAUAAAAAAAAGAGUUAGAUGAAAAUUUAAAAAAGUCCUUGCCAACAGUAAAUGAAAGUGCUCCUCGUAUGAAAAGUGAUAGAGAUUAUUGUUUAAAAUAGGAAUCUAUAAAAGAUAUUUAAAUUAGAUAAUAAGAAACUUUUCCAGUUGCAGACUGCAAUUUAAAUAGAUACAGCGAAUAAGAUGAUAAUUAGAAUUUGUAAGACUUAAAUAAAUUUCAAAGCUACAAAUGCAUUGAAGGUGAUAAAUAAUAAACUUAACCUCUUAGUCUCUCAGUAAAAUAUCCAAUUCAGUAGGGGUUUAUUAAUUUGUUUGAACUAAAAAAACCUGAAGAAUAACAAUAAUAACUUUUACAAAAACCUCUUAGUAAAAGCUUGAUAGGAAGUUAGAAAAAUGGAUAAAAUCCUAUCUAAUCUUUAGAAAAGAUAAAAUAAGAUCCUCAUUAAAUUGAAAUCGAAAGUGAUAAAAAUAAUAGCUUUUAUUCAAAGCAACAGCAAAAUGUCUUUUAAACAAAUAACGAUUAAACUGUUAAGUAGAUUCAUCUUUUUUAGAUAAAGUCUACUAAUUAAAUUUAAUCAAAAAAUGCUCCAGAAUUCUUUUAAAAUAAAGAAGUUUUAACCAAAAAUAAUGCUGUUUAAGUUAAUUCAUUAUUUAAUCACAAAAAUCCUAUAUAAAAUCAACAGAAAAUAUAGCCUUAAAGUAUAUAGCUGAGUGAUGUAAAUUCAUCCUUUCAAGAAGAUGAGUUGACUACACAAAAUAAUGGAGGUGGAUUUUAUGGCGAAUCUUCUCCGAUUUCUCCAUAGCCUGUUGAAAUUCCUAUUUUUGAUUUAAAAGCAUCAGCUGUUAUUAAUGGUAAAUAAAGCCAAAAAGAUCUUCAUUAAAGAAAGAAUUAUUCAUAGUAAAGAAAAAUGUAAACUCCUUUAAAUAUUCAUUAAAAUGCAAAGAAUAAAAAUGAAAACACUAAGAGAGAAAGCAAAAAAUAAAAUAUAGGUAUACUAAAUGGAGCAAAGGAAUAGAGAAUUGUUGUAAUAUGUGAAAGUAGUAGUUAGACUAGAGAGUGGGUAAAUCGUUUUCUAGGAAUGAGAAAUAUUUAGGAUUUUGAAACUUUUACGUUGCCAGGAGGGCCAGGGUGCCUUUGUGUAGAAGAUAAUUAAGAGAGAAUUUGCUGGUAAAAUUCUUUGAAGUAGUUUACUUAAAGCAUUUCUAAGUUAUAUUAGCUGCAAGAAAUACAAGUCUAUUAAAACAGCAAUUCGAUUUUUAAUUAAAUAUACAAUUAAGAUAGUCUUUAAGGUCGAGGUUCUUAAUUACAACAAAUGCAAGAAAAUUUAAAAUAGGCCUGUUAAAUUGUAAAAGAGCAACUAUAGCUCCCAGUAAAAGGGUUUUUCAUAAACAACAAAGGUAUUGUUGAGAAAAUAUUGUGA